AUGAAGGCGCUGAUUCUGGUCGGCGGGUAUGGCACGCGCCUGCGGCCGCUCACCCUGAGCUGCCCCAAGCCCCUUGUGGAGUUCGCCAACAAGCCGAUGAUCAUCCAUCAGAUCCAGGCGCUGAAGGCCGUCGGCUGCGCGGAAGUGAUUUUGGCGAUUGCCUACCAGCCUGAGGUGAUGCUGACCUUCAAAGAGGAGUGGGAGGCAAAGCUGGACAUCAAGAUUACCAUAUCCCAGGAAAACGUGCCGAUGGGAACCGCCGGCCCCUUGGCCUUGGCGCGGGAACUGCUGGACGACGGCUCCGGCGAGCCAUUCUUCGUCCUGAACAGCGAUGUCAUCUGCGAGUUUCCUCUCAACGACCUGCUGGAGUUUCACAAGUCCAGGGGUGGCGAAGGCACCCUGCUGGUGACCCAGGUGGAGGACCCUUCUCGGUACGGUGUUGUUGUCACUGAAGCGGAUGGCAAAAUCAAGGCGUUCAUGGAGAAACCAAAGGAGUUUGUCAGUGACAAGAUCAACGCAGGCAUCUACGUUCUCAGUCCCCAGAUUCUGAACAGGAUUGAACUGCGUCCAACAUCAAUUGAGAGGGAGGUGUUCCCAGCUGCUGCAGCUGACAAUCAGCUGUAUGCAAUGGUUUUGCCAGGCUACUGGAUGGACGUUGGCCAACCAACAGACUUCCUCAAAGGCCUGGUCCUCCACCUGGAGAGCAUGAACAUCCACCAUCACCGUGAGCUGGCAAGUGGCUCGUGCUUUGUGGGGAAUGUGCUGGUGCACCCCUCUGCCAAGAUUGGCAAGGACUGCCUGAUCGGGCCGGACGUCUCCAUCGGAGAAGACUGCGAGAUAGGCGAUGGUGUCAGGCUGAGCACGUGUGUGGCGAUGCGUGGGGUGAAGGUGAAGAAGUACGCCAAAGUGGCGAACUCCAUCAUCGGUUGGCAUUCUCGUAUUGGGGCAUGGUGUCGGGUGGAGAACAACGCCAUACUUGGCGAGAAUGUUGGUGUAAAGGAUGAGCUCUACGUGAACGGUGCCAUUGUUCUGCCGCACAAAGAUGUCAAGGAAACCAUUCAAGAACCCAAGAUAAUUCUGUAG